AUCGCAGACCAUGACGUCACAAAUCUCGAGAAAUGUCAACAGAGAGUGUAUUGUGACGUAUUGUGGCUCAAUUCUAAAAUUAACUCUGGAAUGAAAUAUACAAAGGUAGCAUUCAAGCUAUCUAUGGUUUAGUAAUGUCAAACAGAAGUCGUAAAAAUGAAGAACGAAGUAUAAGAAAAGCUCAUCAGAAUAAUAGAAAACACAAAGAGCUGUCUUACUUUGUUGAUGAUGAAAAUUACGCCGGGUUUUCCAACCAACUUGCCACACUCGGUCUAACAUUAAAAGAUAUUCCUGGAGAUGGAAACUGUUUGUUCCGAGCUUUAGCCGACCAGCUGGAGGGAAAUUCCCGUCGUCACCUUCACCACCGGGAGGAGACAGUGAGGUACAUGGUGGAACAUCGAGCUGACUUUGAGCCUUUUGUUGAAGAUGAUUGUUCCUUCAAUGACCAUGUUUAUAAACUUCGCAAAGACGGCACAUACGCUGGUAACGAUGCAAUCGUGGCAUUCGCUCGAAAUAAUGGGGUGAAUGUCGUCAUUCAUCAAUUGAAUGCUCCAAUGUGGACGAUAAACGGUAACGAACGUAGCAGACGUCAACUACAUAUUGCUUACCAUAAUGGAGAUCAUUAUUCAAGUGUUCGUAAACUAACGGAUGAUACUGAUGGUCCCACUAAUAUAAAGCUAACUAGCAAACAUGAAAACAAAUCAACAUCAGGAAGGAGAGAAAGUAAGAAAAAGGCAACUGCAAGCAAGAGAAGAACACCAACCACACAAGUUUGUAAUGAUCCGAAUAUAUCACAAUGGGAUUCCAACGUUAGUCCCGUUGAUGAUGAUGAAAGUUACCAAGCGCAGUGGAAUGAUCACAUUUGGGACCAUAAUGGGACCGGAACCCGAAUAUUUGGGAACGCAGGGACCAACGUACAAGCUACCACUAACAAGACAAAUAUUAGCCAUCCACAAAAGAAGGUAAGCAACAAACACAGGAAGGAACAAGCACGGAAAGAAAGGAAGAAGCGAAGCGACGAACGGAAGAAAAACUCUUCCAAUCGCGCUUCACCGAGUGAUUCGGAUGAUUCAAGUAUUUUGGUCAAAAAUAUUGACAUUCUGAAAAUUUAACUCAAAAUUUUUGUCUGUUUUGCUUAAAACUUACAUUUGUGGGUUGAAUGACCAGGUUGGGUCAGGUUUUUGAUAGGUUGUUUUAUUCAUGAUAUACUUAUGUGAUAAAAGCAUCACAUAUCAUGAUUUGUAAUGGUAUCAUAUUCAUGAUUUGUGAUGUUAUCAACAAAGUCAACACAUAAUGCCGUACCUUUAAAAGCAAUUUAAAGGAUUUUUUAUUUAGUCAAAUUUUAAUUUGUAAGUUUCAUUUUCAUCAUAUGAUUUUGUAUCGUGUAUUCAUCACCUCACCUCAUAAUCUAUAUUUCUUAUGAAACAGCCUGGUGGAAAUAACCCACACACCCCAAAGUUCAAUCUACGCUUAGUUACCCAACUACUUGAUCUGGUCCCUCUCAACUAAACAUAAACACCACUGUGACUCUUUCUUCCCAACAUUGUUUAUUUAAUCAUAAUGCCCAUUGUUGAAAUACAAUGCAAGAUUAA